GUCCCUCUCUCUUUCGCUCUUGCUGCACAGAGCUCCUUUGCAAGCCGUAUAUGAUGCUAUCGCUACUGUGCUGGGGUGUGCUGCUAUUUCUAAGCCAGGGUGCUGAUACUCAGCAAAAGCAGCGAGGAGGGACAGGCGUGGCGGACAGGAGGCAGUUCUGUAGCUGGCCGUGUAAAUGUGGCGUCCGGUCACAAUGUGCCCCUGGCGUCAGCUCCGUCCUGGAUGGCUGCGGCUGCUGCAAAACCUGCGCACGGCAGAUUGGGGAUUCAUGCAACGAGAGGGACAUCUGUGACCCCCACAAGAGCAUGUACUGCGACUUUUCCAAGGACAAACCGCGAUAUGAGGUCGGCGUCUGCGCUUACAUGAUGGGGGUGGGUUGUGACCUGAAUGGGGCUCACUAUGAUAACGGACAAGCCUUCCAACCCAGCCCACUCUACAAGUGCACUUGCAUCGCUGGAGCCAUUGGCUGUACACCCGCCUUCAUCCAGAAACCUGCAGGAAUGCUGAAUUCUGCCGCCCUGCCAGCAGGGCUUAAGAGCAACCAAAGCCUCAAACACCAGCAGGACACCACCUACAUGUCAGCUUACAGGGAUCCUCCCUUAGCCUGGAAGAAGAACUGCCUGGUGCAGACCACACCCUGGUCGCCCUGCUCACGUACCUGCGGUAUAGGCAUCUCUGUACGGGUCAACAACGACAACGGCAAGUGUGAGAUGAGAAAAGAACGUCGACUCUGUCUGCUGAGACCAUGUGAGAAAAAAGCUCUCAAGGGGCUUAAGAUGCCAAAAGGGAAGACCUGCAGACCGAAAUUCCUGGCCAGUAAAGCUGAGAAGUUGUCUCUCUCUGGCUGUACCAGUGUUAAGAAGUACCGCCCAUCGUACUGUGGCAUCUGCACUGACAAGCGCUGCUGCGUUCCCAAUAAGUCCAAAAUGUUGAGCAUAGAAUUCCACUGCAAAGGAGGAUCCAACAUACGCUGGAAGAUGCAGUGGAUCACUUCCUGUGUGUGUCAGAGGAAGUGUUAUGAUCCCAAUGACAUGUUCUCAGAGCUGCACUUAAUAUAAAA